AACACUGAACGCGGAAGUGCGUGAGGACGCACAGAUUUACCGACAAACCGAAAUUCCGCGAUACAUUCGUUUAAAAAAUGUAUAUGUCUGAACCGUUCCGACAGUAACACGUUAUAAGUUCACAUUCAACACACCGUCAACAAUGGCGAACGUCAAUUUACAGAAAGCCAUUGAUUUGGCCAGCAGAGCCUCUGAGGAGGACAAGGCCAAAAACUACGAGGAAGCCCUGCGCCUCUAUCAACAUGCAAUCCAGUAUUUUCUUCACGUGGUGAAAUAUGAUGCUCAGGGCGAAAAGGCCAAGCAGAGCAUCAGAGCGAAGUGCGUCGAGUAUCUGGAACGAGCGGAGCAGCUCAAGCAGUACCUGAAGAAGAAAGAGAGCGCGCCGCCCUCCAAACCUGUCAAAGUUAACCAGUCUGACGAUAAAGGGACUGACAGUGAUGACGGCGAUGCGGAGAAAAAGAAAUUCCAAAAUCAACUCCAAGGUGCUAUUGUCAUGGAGAAACCCAACAUUAAGUGGGACGAUGUUGCUGGUUUGGAAGGAGCCAAAGAGGCCCUUAAAGAAGCGGUCAUCCUGCCAAUCAAAUUCCCUCAUCUCUUCACUGGAAAACGCACUCCGUGGAGGGGGAUUCUGCUCUUUGGUCCUCCAGGAACUGGAAAGUCCUACCUGGCUAAAGCUGUGGCUACCGAAGCCAACAACUCCACCUUUUUCUCCAUCUCUUCUUCAGACCUGGUGUCCAAGUGGCUGGGAGAGAGCGAGAAGUUAGUGAAGAAUCUGUUCAGUUUGGCUCGAGAGCACAAGCCUUCAAUCAUCUUCAUUGAUGAGAUCGACUCCAUGUGCGGAUCGAGAAACGAGAACGAGAGUGAAGCGGCUCGCAGGAUCAAGACUGAGUUUCUGGUGCAGAUGCAAGGUGUAGGAAACGACAACGAAGGAAUUCUGGUCCUUGGAGCGACAAACAUCCCCUGGACGCUGGAUUCUGCCAUCAGGAGAAGGUUUGAAAAGCGCAUCUACAUCCCUCUUCCCGAGCAGCACGCUCGCUCCGCCAUGUUCAAACUGCACCUCGGCUCCACUCCCAACAGCCUCAACGAAGCAGAUUUCAUAACUCUCGGGACGAAGACCGACGGCUACUCGGGUGCUGACAUCAGCAUCGUCGUUCGUGACGCCCUCAUGCAGCCCAUUCGCAAAGUUCAGUCCUCGACCCACUUCAAAAAGGUCAGAGGAAAGGCAUGGAACAACCAAGAUGUUGUGGUGGACGACCUCUUAACGCCCUGCUCUUCAAACGACCCAGGCGCCAUCGAGAUGACCUGGAUGGAUGUAGCAAGUGAUAAACUCCUUGAGCCAAUAGUCAGCUUGGAGGACAUGCUGAGUUCACUCGAGAAAACCAAGCCCACUGUGAACGAGGAGGAUCUGGAGAAGCUGAAAAAGUUCACCGAGGACUUUGGCCAGGAGGGAUGAAUUCGGGGGAUUCACGUGGCAUUUAUUUAUGUUUCUCCAUCAUGUUUACAAAUCUCCUUCAUAUUUUAUUUUUUCAAAAUCUUUGAUAUUUAGAAGGGUGUAACAUUUGUGUGAGCUUUACUGUUAUUCUGAACAUAACCAAUCAACUCUAACAGCCAUUUGAAAGAUUAUUACUAAAAAUCCUCUUCAUUUUAAAAGGUUUGUUGGAAAUGGGUCAUGAUGUACUUUUGAGAAAGAUUUAAAAAAAAAACAACAACUUUGUAUUUAUGUUGGUUACUUGUGCCUUAAUGGCUAGUUACUUUUGUACCUACUUGCCAAAUAAGACUUAAAAACGACUAAACAACAUAACAGUUAAUAAAUACUUGGAUAUGAAAUUAAAGACAACCAGUGAGCUGUGAAAACGUUUACAAAUAUGUGAAUACCUGUUUUGGGUAGCGUCAUGCUGGCUUCUUUCUUCAUUGCCUUUAAAGUGUUUAUUAUUUUUCUACUCUGUUUUUCUACUUCCAUCUGUAAAUAAACUGUAUAAAUUA